UUUCGCCCCCUCUUUAUCCAACACUCUCACUCGCCCCUUCCUACAAAAUCAUGGCCGACAGAACCAGCCGGGUCAGUGUCAAGCGAAAGGAGAAGAAGGCAGAAAACAAAACCAAUGACGAGAAGGAGAAAGAAAAGACCAAAUGCGGCAAAAAGCAGGAAAAAGUUGCCAAAAAGCCAGAGAUGACCUCUGAGCCGUGUGCAAUGGAUGAGGACAAGAGGAAUGGGGAGGCUACCGGGGCAGCAGCCGCGCAAGUGAAGAAAAAUGAUGGUAACGGCGAGUUUGAGCCCAUUGAACUGCCACCAUUUGAGAUCGUUACAGGAGAGCAGAUGAGCCCAUUCUACUUCAAGUUUCAGUUCAGAAAUGUGGAGUACUCGUCCGGCAGGAACAAGACCCUGCUGUGCUACAGAGUGGACACGCCAGGAGGCAGCACUGAGCCUUUGAAAGGUUAUCUGGAGGAUGAACAUGCCACAGCUCAUGCUGAAGAGGCUUUCUUUCAGCAAGUACUGCCUGAUAGUAACCCCUCCCAGGAAUAUGACGUCACAUGGUACGUGACAUCGAGUCCCUGCGUGGCCUGUGCAGCCAAGGUGGCCAACAUCCUGCGGCAACGCAAGAAGCUCCGUCUGUGUGUUUUCUGCUCUCGUCUGUUUGAGAGCGAGGAGCCAGCGAUAGUGGAGGGGCUCAAGGCUCUGGCGAACGCUGGCUGCAAGCUGAGGAUGAUGAAGCCCUCUGACUUCGAACAUGUUUGGGAGACUUACGUGGAGAAGGAGGACCAGAGCUUCACUCCCUGGGAAGACUGUAAGGAGAACUACGACUACUAUAUGGAGAAACUGGCUGAUAUCCUCAAGUAAAUGUUCACACAUGACAUGACAUGACAUGAUUUCUUCUCCGGUGGAAUAUUUACAACUUUUUGGGGGGUGAUUUCAUUGGAAUACACAAAGUUUUACUUCAAGUGUAUUUUUUUAAUUGUCGUUCUAUUCAUCACAUAUUAUCCAACAGGCCAUAACAGACAGAGAACAAGUUUUGCUGUCACAUUUACAUUAAAGGUACAGCUCUUGUCUUUAA